UCCUCAUUUUCAAACCAACAAACCAACAAACCAAAACCUGCGAAAAGAGAUGAAAGAAGCUUCAGGCUCAAAAUCUCUGUAAUCAAGAUAAUAACAACAACAUCCGGUUUUACGCACCGAUUCCGUGUUCCGUGUUGAUUACGUUCCAAAAUCGGAAUGGUUUGCACUCAGAUUCAGAGCCAUUCAAUGUUUCGCUAGGUAAAAGAGUUCCACAACACACCGCGAACGAUUCGUUGAUUAUGGUAAUUUUAAGCCUCUCGGCGUGAGAAAUUGGCGUGCGCAGCGGUGAAAUUUUUAGCCAUCGAUGCCCAGGAAACGCCAGAGAAAGACGGCUCCUUCGGUUCGGUACAUCGGGAUUUGCUGAGUGAAAUGCUUUACUGAAUCGAUGACGGCAUCGUAUCCGCUUCAUGAGUGCGUUUUCAACGGUGACACCCGUAAACUAUCGUUGCUGCUGCGGACCCACGAAAUCGCUGAAAAAGACAAACAUGGCAACACACCUCUCCACCUGGCUGUUAUGCUGGGACGAAAAGAAUGUACCUUCCUCUUGCUGGCACACGGAGCGCCGGUUAAAGUAAAAAACACUCAAGGAUGGUCCCCGCUGGCAGAGGCCAUCUCCUACGGAGAUCGGCAGAUAAUCAGCUCGUUGCUUCGCAAACUGAAGCAACAGGCGCGCGAGCAGAUGGAGCAACGUCGACCGAAUCUGGUGAAAGCCCUCAACCAAAUGGGUGACUUCUACAUGGAGCUCAAGUGGGACUUUCACUCGUGGGUCCCGCUAAUAUCACGCAUCCUGCCCUCGGAUGUGUGCAAAAUACACAAAUCUGGCUGUUCGAUCCGGCUCGACACCACGCUUGUCGACUUCUCGGAUAUGCGCUGGGAGCGCGGGGACAUUUCAUUCAUCUUCCGGGGUGAAAAUCCACCGAAAGACUCGCUGACGGCGCUCGACAACGAGUGCCGCUGCUAUCAGCACGUACGCCACGAAGAAACGGAGCUGGAGAUCGAGGACGAGGUUGACAUUCUGAUGUCCAGCGAUAUCCUCGCGGCGCAGAUGUCGACGAAGGGCAUUAGCUUUACGAAAGCACAAUCGGGUUGGAUCUUUCGUGAGGAUCGCCGCGAAACGGUGGCCGGUCAGUACGACAGUGAUCUGUACACGAUCAACGGACUGACGCUCGAGCAGCGUAAACGACGGGAGCACCUUUCGCGCGAUGAUCUGCAGAAAAACAAAGCCCUAAUGGAGUCACUCACCAAGGGCGGCGGUCAGUCCCAGGCGGUCGAUCAGAACGGGGAAAUCUACCGACGCGCAUCGCUGCAGCCUCCGCCGACCAGUGGCACCACCUGGGAGGAGUACAUUGCCGCCGACACCGGUCAAUACCCGAACCUGGGACGGGACCUAGUUUAUAAGGAAUCGAGUAAGAAUUUUAAAGCAACCGUAGCUAUGAGCAAAGACUUUCCACUGAGCAUCGACAUGCUGCUGAACGUGCUGGAGGUGAUAGCGCCGUUCAAGCACUUUAGCAAGCUGCGCGAGUUUGUCACGCUGAAGCUGCCAAGCGGGUUUCCGGUCAAAAUCGACAUCCCCAUCCUGCCGACCGUUUCGGCCAAGAUCACGUUCCAGAAGUUCGAGUUUCGGAACGAUAUCUCGCCCGAUCUGUUCGUCAUCCCGGACGACUACAAAGAGGACACAAUGAGCUUUCUCAUCUAUUUCAUAGAUUUCCUGAUUUAUGACCUUUCGAUCUCGACCGAUUAAACACUACUGCUCGUUGCUCGUUGGUCAGCGCGACGCAACGGACCACACGACGCAUCCAUCGGAAUCGGCACCAUCAUCAACAUCCGCAAGCAGCCACCGAUUGCGAUCUCCCGCUCCUCUCAGGCUCCUUCGUGGUUGUCGUCGAUCAAUGUACCCGCAAAGCAUUGCACAUCUUAACGCUGGGCGAUCUGCUCCCUCCGGUCCGGUCCGGUUUGCUCCGCAAAUAGUAGAUCGAUGUUCAAUGUCAGAUCGACAGCCGUGGAGGGAUGAAGAAGGACAUUUUCUCCGUCGCUCCACCAAGGGUGGCCAGGGGAACACAAAAUGUAUUAGCCUCUUAGAAUCGGUAGUAUUUUUAUUGUUUGUGUAAGUGAGACCACUAGAAGCAAAAUUCUGUCCGUUUCCUGUCCGUUUAGAGAAACCCCGCUAGAACACAAAAUUGUAGUAGAGAAACAACCGCGCGCCAGCGGAACACACUUUGGUACAGGGCCAUUUUAACGGGACUUUUCCUACAGGACUAUGCUCCGAAAAAAAAACAAACCAAAAACCGAAAAGGUUACACAAAUAUUAUCUAGUGACAGGACGUGAAAUGAUGUCGAAACGAAUGAUGAUUGCAAAUGUAAGAUAUGCAUUUUUUGGACCCCACAGUUCAACAAGGGUCUACAAAUGGCAAACAGUUGUCUUGGGGGAAGAAAGUGGGCUCUGGAAUCAGGAAAACAAUAGUGGCUCGUUAUUCCAGCAAACCUCUACACACCCUGACCGUAGCACCGAUGGUUCGCAAGCAAACCUAGAGUUGAGUGAUCAAUGUGAAGCCCUUGUGCGCCUUUUGCAUGCGAUCAAUGUCUUUACUGUAAUAGGCAUCUGUAAAGAAGUAAAGAUCUGUAAGUUUGGUGUAUUGAUCGUGUCACGCUUUCCCGAUGGUUGUGGUUGGUUUGUAAUGAUCGUUGUGCUUCAUGGUGAGUGUGUAGGUGAGUGUUAAUCGAUCGUGCAAUCGAUCCAAUAUGUGGUCAGCAAGCUUCGACAGGGAUUCCGAGAUCGAGCGAGAGAGGGCGCCUAUCAUGGAUAUCAGUGAAAACCAAAAUCAGCAAUUUGUAAGAUGUUUUGUUGGAUGGAGUUAGGGGACAAAAGCGCCGUAAAAACGGGACUGCCCGUUCCGGGGGGUACGAUAAACAAGAGGUGAACCGAAAGGAGAGUGAAAGAACAAACAUAAAAAGUCUACAAAA